AUGGGGCACCGAUGGGGCACUGAUGGCGGGCCAGGCAUUCGAUCUGUGAAAGAGAGGGAGGGAGGAGGAGGAGGCGGGGCGGGAUGUGAGGAAGUGCUUGUGCAACGCGUCCAAAGUGCCAUCAAUCACGCGAACGUCCCGCUUGUUGUCGAAGGAGCAGACGGCUUUCUCCCCGAUCUGCCUUUCCACCUCAUCGCGUCCGGCAAGUUCACCAACGUCGGGCUCGUCGGCGGCCAUUGCACCAACGACGGCGGCACUUUCGUCGGCGGCACACCCACGCAAUUCAAUUCGGAGGAUGAUAUAAGGAGAUUGCUCUUCACCCGUUACUCGGGAGUGACUGCGGCGACGAUGCAGCGGGCGUUUGAGCUGUACCCAGCACCCGGGAGCCCGUUCAAGACUGAAUACGAACGCGCUUCGCAGAUGGCCCAGGAUAUCGUUCUCGGCUGUAUGGAUCUGCAGCUUGCCCAAGCACUUUGCAGCCGCGGCGUAGAUAACGUGUUUACGUUCAGGUGGAACUCUCCUCAUGCCGUGUUGUUCGAAGAGACCCCUUUCAAAGGGGUCAUGCAUACUUCUGACCUAUAUUUCUUGUUUGACGGCAAGUAG